AUGGGUUCUGGAUUUUAUCCAUCAUCGCAACCACAAUUAUCGAAUGAUCUUCUUGAAAAUGUUCAAGUACAUAAAAUGAUCUUGGAAUUAUCAGCAUUAUUAAAUAGUACACUAGUUGCCGUCAAUCACAAGUUAGCAUUCAUGGCUACUGCUGCAUCUGUGUCCAAUAAGCCAUCCACCCGUGUUCAGUGGAUGUGGAAUUCGAAUGUAAACCCAUUUUCAAAGUCACAAAAAGUCGAAUGGCGUCGUUAUUCAGAUGUCGAAAAUAUGAUUAUUGAGAAAGCAUUCACAGCCGAUGAAAGUCAUGCUAUGUUGGACGAAUACCAUAUUGAUUUUAAACACAUUCUUCAAAUCUCAAACAAUGAUACUGGUAAACAGCGACCUGUUAAACGAGUGAUGUGGGAUAAAGACGACAAAGUUUUGCGAGAAGAAAGAUUUCUCCCCAAUCCUGUCGCCCCUGAUCUUCCGUUUGGUGGCCAAUACGGUUUUAUUUCACCUUUUAUAAAAGAACUAGUUAAAGAUUUGAAUCUUACAAAAAAACAAUUACCUUCAAAAGAUAAUACAGUAGUUUUAAUGAUCGUAGAAAAAGCUGCUCUGGAAAAACAAGAGUUUGCUGCACCUGGUACCUUCAAAGAGCUUGCUUGUAACGGUCGUCGUUGUGCUACUUGUGGAGAAUGUCGUGAUUGGUACUCUACUGGUGAUUUAGAAAGUUGGAAAUGGAUCCGUAGUGUGAAAGAUUGGGGUGGGGAUAAUGCGGCUCGUUGGUUCAAUCAUUGUCUUUUUACACGUUUCAAAAAUCGUGAUGAUGCUAAAUGUGUUGAGAGUGAUGAGGUUCUUCGUGCUAUUUAUUAUACUGUUCAUCUUGGUUGUUUGUGUGAAGACAAUUGUGGUCAUUUGAAAGAAUAG